AUGGACGGACGAGAAGUAGGCGAGCAGCAGCUAACGGAGCCAGGCAAGGCCAAGGCCGCACCUGCUGCCCCGCCGGUCAAGGAUGCCUCGUCCGGCGGCCCCUCCUCCAGGGGAGGCGGUAGCGGUGGUCCGGGCUCCGGCUCCGGCUCCGGCCCCAAGGGGAAAAAGGGCGCCCCCGAUCCCAGCCAGCAGGUUCCCGAAUCGCAUCUCCUUGCACCGCCCAAGCCUACAGUGAAGCAGAUUAUUGGUGGCUCCUCCUGGACGGGCAAGCUGCCUGUGAACCUGUUCAACGAGUUAUGCCAAAAGCAGAAGUGGAAUCAACCCGUGUACGACAUGAAGAAGACACCCGAGGGUUUCUCAUGCUGGGUCUCGCUGAGCGCCAAGGACCCUAAGACCCAGGAGUUGAUCAAGCUUGAGCCCUUCAAGAUACCCGCCUCCCACAAACACCUACUCACCAAACCUACCGCCCUCGAGGCCCGCCAUUACGCCGCUACCUACGCCCUCUUUCGGGUCUGCAGCAUGCAGAACCGCCAUGCGGUGCUGCCUCCAGACUUUCGCUCUUUGUGGAAAGAGUUUGCCUCCCUCAAAACUCAGGACGUCAAAGAUGGUAAAGAGUGGAUGUAUAGCGCCGAUCCCUUCAAGACUUACCGCGAUCGGGAGGACGCCAAGGCGGCGGCGGAGAAGAAGAGGCAGGAGGCCAAGGCUGCCGCUGAGAAGGCAAAGUCUAUGCCGGGUGCUUCUGGUCUCGCCUUGAGGGGUUCCGUUCUCGACUCUUCGGGUAAACCCUCCAACCUCAUGAAGGGCUGGAGCAUUGCGCCUAAGAUUGAGAUGGGGAAGAGGGUGAGGGUCCAGCUCGAAGGCCUCCUGCGGCGAACCUCGACUUGGAACCCCUACGGGGUCCAGAUACCUGCGGAUGAGAGGAAGAGAAUUGUGGCUGAGUUUACCAGGCUCGGCUUCCGCCCAAGCCAUAUCGAAGAGGCAGCCUCGUACUGCAAGGACAAGGAGGAAACCCUUGAAUGGCUACUAAUCCACGUCCCCGAGGAUGAUUUACCAUCCUGGGCACUCCCGGAAAGCUACGCCGCUGGAAUAAGCGUCGGCGCAACCGACCUGAAGCGCGAGGCGGCCAUUAAGCGCCUCUCUCUCCCGGGCUACUCGGUCGAUCUCUGUCGGCAGCGAAUCUUGCUGGAUAAAGCUGAUGAUGCCGCACCCGACACCACUGAGAAUGACGACGAUGGCCUUUACUUUGGCACGCCUGAGGAGAACUGGCAAGAGGAGACCGAAAGUCUUGAGUCGGUCUUUGGUGACAAGUUUAAGCGGGAGUCUACCAGCCUUAUCCAACUACUCCUCGGCAUAGUCGCCAAUCUCCCCUCCUACAUCAAGCUGGCCCUCUUGCGAAAAGCGCUUGAAUACGUGGAAGAGUCCCUCAAGGGAGAGCCUAUGAAAAUGUACUUUGUCGUGGACUGGAUCCAGCAAAACAUCCAUGGUAUUGUCGAGAACCCCGGGAACCUACUUGACAUCUCCUCGGUCUCGUCCGCGGCCUCCGAGUCGCAUACUGCGGGUGCUAAGCCUCUACGAUCUGGAAGGAGAAGGCCACCGGCCCCAAAACCUAUCAAGUGGGCCUCUGACAUCGCAUCUACAGCGGCGUGGCAACAGAGACAGGAGACUCCUGGGUGGAGGGAAAUGCUCGCGGGCCGCAAGAAGUUACCGGCGUGGAGGGUCAAGGAGCAAAUUGUUAGGACUGUAGCCCAGAACAACGUCACCAUCAUCAGCGGCGAGACGGGAUCGGGAAAAUCGACGCAAUCCGUUCAGUUCAUCCUGGAUGAUCUCUACUCUGAGGGUCUCGGCAAGUGUGUUAACAUGUUCGUCACGCAGCCCCGGCGAAUUUCUGCCCUCGGAUUGGCGGAUAGAGUGGCCGAGGAGAGGUGUUCUAAGGUGGGCGGUCGCAUUGAAGAUGUUAUUGCAUCAAUUGCCGAUGUCAGCCAUAUCGUCGUUGACGAGGUCCACGAAAGGAGCCUUGACACUGACUUUUUGCUUACCAUUAUCCGGGAGGUCAUGAGACGCAAGAAUGACGUCUUGAAGCUUGUCCUCAUGAGUGCCACACUAGAUGCGGCCUCAUUCAGGAAUUACUUUGCUGCCGAGGGCUUGAGCGUGGGUCUGGUGGAAAUCGAAGGUCGGACUUUCCCCGUUGAGGAUUAUUAUCUAGACGACAUUGUCCACCUCACCGGCUUCCAGCCUGAUGGCUACGACCAAUAUUACGGCGACGGAGGCCUGGAUGGCGAGGCCGUAGGCAAAACCAUCCAGAAGCUUGGCCAUCGGAUCAACUAUAGUCUCAUCGCGGAGACGGCUCGCGCCAUUGACUCGGAACUUUUAGCGGCUAAGAAGGCGGGGGCAUCCUCGAAGCGCAAGGUCGUGGUCGCGACCAACGUGGCCGAGACAUCCAUCACCAUUGACGACAUCGUUGCGGUCAUCGAUAGCGGCAAGGUCAAGGAGACGACCUUUGACCCUCAAAACAACAUGCGAAAGCUCGAAGAGAACUGGGCCUCCCGAGCCGCGUCAGAUGGCCGAGCGGCCCGAGCCGAGAUCAGGCGCGUGCCCCUCGAGCAGCUCUGCCUGUCCGUACGCGCCAUGGGCAUCCGUGACGUGACAGACUUUCUCGGCCGGUCACCGACCCCGCCCGACGCCACGGCCGUGGAGGGCGCGAUCAAGAUUCUCCGUCGCAUGGGCGCGCUUGACGGCGACGAGCUGACGGCUCUGGGUCGCCAGCUGUCCAUGAUCCCCGCCGAUCUUCGCUGUGGAAAGCUCAUGAUUUACGGUAGCAUCUUUGGCUGCCUCGACGACAGCGUCACCGUUGCGGCCAUCCUCAGCACCAAGUGCCCUUUUGUCGCCCCCGCAGAGAAGCGUGACCUCGCCCGUGACGCCCGUGCCCACUUCUCCCGCGGCGACGGAGACCUGCUGACAGACCUAAACGCCUUUCAGCAGUGGAACAGCAUGAUGCGCAACCGCGUGCCGCAGCGGCAGGUUCGCGCCUUUUGCGAAGAAAACUUCCUCUCCUACCAAACCCUCUCCGAUAUCGCCUCCACCCGCAUCCAGUACUACGCUGCCUUAUCUGAGGCGGGUAUAACCUCGCCUUCGUCCGUCUCUGACUCGGGGCCACGCUCAUCCUCUUCCUCGCCCUUCUCUUCUUCCUCUCCGGCUGGCGCUUCUUCCCCUGACAUAUCCAACAACUCGCUCCUCCGUGCCGUUACGGCUGCCGCCUUUACCCCUCAAAUCGCCCGUAUCCAGUUCCCGGACAAGAAAUUUAUCAGCUCCGUCUCCGGCGCCGUGGAGAUGGACCCAGAAGCUCGUAUGAUCAAGUACUUUACGCAGGACAACGGCCGUGUUUUCAUUCACCCGAGCAGCACCUUGUUUGGCGCGCAGUCCUUCCCCAGCGGCGCUGCCUUUGUCUCGUACUUUAGCUUGAUCUCUACGAGCAAGAUCUUCAUCCGAGACCUAACUCCUCUCAAUGCGUACACCCUUCUCCUCUUCGCCGGCCCAAUCACCCUCGACACCCUCGGUCGCGGCCUCCUCCUAGACGGCUGGCUCCGUCUCCGUGGUUGGGCCCGCGUCGGUGUUCUAGCCUCCAGGCUACGCCGGCUCCUCGAUGGAGUCAUCGCUCGGCGUGUUGAAGGCGAUGAACUCGAUAGGGGGCUCAAACCCCAACGUGGCCAGUGGGCUUGGCGGGCGCGACGCAGACGAGGUCAUCAGUCUCGUCACGCGGCUCGUCGAGUUUGA